UAACAUAUUCCUAAUCAUUUUCAUCCCACCCCCGACUUUCUCUGACUCCUCCCCCUCUUCCUCUCCAUCGCUCUCUUUCCACUUGCCACCGGCAUAGCCGACGUGCAGCUGCUCUGUACUGAUGCAAACUUCAUGUGCAUACGGGAAUACAGACAAGCCAAAGGACGAGCAAAGUGAAAAUAGGAGAAAUUGCAUUCUUCGUGAAGGAUUUUUUUUUUUUUUUGUAUCCCGUAGUGCCGGCGUUCCUGGGGUGUGAAGGAGUUCCGGGAAAGAGCGGACAAAGCGACUUGGUGACAAGGAUGGCGCCGCGCACGGAUAAACCUCUUCAGAUGAUGCAUGACGCUGGGCCCACCCUGCUGGAUGCGGAAUGACUCACCCAAAUUUCUCUCAGGAAGUGAAGACCUUUUGAAAACAAAGGACCCUCUGCCAGUAAGUGACGUGACCUUGGGCGAAGGUGCCGCGCGUUGAGGAUGACUUGCUUGAAACCCGCAUUGUGGAAUAAAUGGUGGAGAAAAUCUGGCAUUCCAAAGUAACCCAUCUUUAAGCAAACUCGGGCCUUCCGUAUCGAAAAUUCAAGAGAAAUUUAGAGCCAUGAGUCUUGGAAAACUUCCUCGGAUUAAGAGCCUCGUGUCUGGCUCCCAGGAGAGACGUCGUUUCAAGAGCGACCUCUCCGUGGACAUGAUCAGCCCGCCGCUGGGCGACUUCCGACACACAAUGCACGUCGGCCGCGGCGGGGACGUGUUUGGUGACACGUCUUUUCUGAGCAACUACGGAGGAGGCGUCAGAGAGCCGGGCAGUCCCGACUCAUCAAACAGCUCCAAAUCGACGGGCUUCUUCACACGCACCUUCAGGCACAUACGGAAGAAUUCUGGGCCACGGGGGGAACUCCGGGACUGUUCAUCUCCGCCGCCGGACAUCUCACCCAUCAUCAAGAAUGCCAUGUCCCUGCCUCAACUCAACGUUGAUUCUCCCAAUGGGUGCUUGCAGAGGGUCACGCUCCCGAAUUCCAUCAGCUCAACAGACAGCGCCAUCUGCACAUAUGGUAUCCAAUCCGGAUUUGUCACUUUGCCACGCUGCUCUCGCCUUGACAGACCGUUUCUCGACGGAGAACUGCGAGUGUCUGUGCGAGAACGAAACGGCAAGGCCUUGACCCGGUCGGACUCCCUCACCUCUUUCACGUUGGACCUGGGCCCCUCCCUGAUGACCGAAGUUCUGGGUUUGUUUGACAACCCCGGCUACCUCCAGGGGGCCAGCCAGGUGGCAGCAACUGAGGAGAAAGACAAAAAUGACGGUGAGGAGGCGGAGGAGGAUAACAGAUCCCUAACGGAGACAUUUGUGAGCCCUGCUGUGAGUUCCACGAACUCCUCGGUGCGCAGCGGGUCAUCGAGAAGGAACGGUAAGGAGCACUCGUGUAGCGGUAGCGGGACGGAGGAGGACAGGAGGUCAGUUGCCGCAUCCUCCAAAUCUCCUCCGAGGUCUCCCCCCAAACGAGAAGCUGCCAUGGAGUCGGAGCGCUUCCAGAGGGCAGCCGACGUGCUGUCUCGACAUUACGGCGGAGGCGCCGUCACAAGGCUCAGUCCUCCUCUUUCCAAAACGCCAUACACGUUUUCUGAAGAGGAAGAGGAAAUCAAAGUGUAAAUGAGGAUUAUCCGCUCUGCAAUAAUCUUGCUUCCGCCAUUUUAUACAACAGAUUUCUAAGCUAUUGUAAUAGUUCCAUAAUGUUACGUGUUUUUUUUUUUGUUGUAAAUACCUGGUUUAGAGAUUUAGCUUUGUUAGUGUCAAGGAAUUAAAAGGGAUUCGCACACUUCACUUUGCAUACUUUACGAAUAGUAAAUGCAAUUUAUACAAAAACUUUAAACAUCUAAACACAUGAUGUGAAUUGUGUUUUCUUGGGAAUAUUCCGCUGACAUGUUUACUGUUAAAACAAAAGAAAAUAC